CCGCGCCGCCCUUCGAACGCGGUUUCCCUCUUCGCUGCGAUUCGAACCGCGGAGGCGAUGGAGCGAAUGCGGACCGGGACCGCGGUGGCGAUUCUGGUGCUGAUGGCGAUGGCGGCGCCGGGCGCCACCGGUGAGUGCGGCCGCGGUGCGUUCCGUUGCGGCGACGGCUCCUGCAUUCCCGGCGCGUGGCUCUGCGACGGCCGUGCCGAGUGCCGCGACGGCUCCGACGAAGACCCCGAGAGCUGCGAUUCGCUCUCCUGCUCUCCGGCCGAGUUCCGGUGCGGCGGCCGCCGGAGCCGCUGCAUCCCGGCGCUGUGGCGCUGCAACGGACACCGCGACUGCGAGGACGGCUCCGACGAACACAACUGCCCGCCGCGUUCCUGCACCGCGGAGGAGCUGCGCUGCGGCGACGGUUCGUGCGUCUCCGUCACCUUCGUGUGCGACGGCGAAGAGGACUGCGCGGACGGAGCGGACGAAGCGCUGUGUCCCCCCCCGGGCGCCGCCUGCGGCCCCCACGGCGUCCCCUGCGCCGGCGCGGGCUGCGUGCCGCGGCUCUGGGCCUGCGACGGCGACGCCGACUGCGCCGACGGCUCCGACGAAUGGCCGGAACGGUGCGGAGCGCCGCGCGCGCCCCCCCCGUGCCCCCCCCUGCGCUUCCCCUGCCGCUCCGGAGAGUGCGUCCACGCGCGGUGGAGGUGCGACGGCAGCGCCGACUGCGCCGACGGCUCCGACGAGGACGGCUGCGCUGCCGCGGCCUCGUGCCGCCCGGACCAGUUUGGCUGCGGUGAUGGGCGCUGCAUUCCGGCGCUGCGGCUCUGCGACGGCGAAUCCGACUGCGCCGACGGCUCCGAUGAGGACGGCUGCCGCAACAACGACACGGCGUGUGAGGGUCCCCACCGGUUCCGGUGCCGCUCGGGCGAGUGCGUCCCCAUGGACCGCGUCUGCGACCGACGCCGCGACUGCCGCGAUUGGUCCGAUGAACCCCUCAAGGAGUGCGGGGUGAACGAGUGCCUGGAGGGGAACGGGGGGUGCUCCCACGGCUGCGAGGAUCUGCGCCUCGGCCACCGCUGCCUCUGCCCGGGGGGCUUCGCUCUGCGCCCCGACGGCCGCACCUGCGACGACAUCGACGAGUGCCGCGACCCCCGGAGCUGCAGUCAGCGCUGCCGCAACCUCCCCGGCAGCUUCGCCUGCGACUGCGCCGCGGGGUACACACUGCACCCCGAAACCGGCGCCUGCCUUGCCCCCCGUGAGUCACAUCCCCCCCCCGGAACCCCAAUUCCUCCCUUUGCUCCCCAAUUCUGGUGGGGUUUGGAGCGGUGGGGUGUCCCUGGAUUUUGGGGUGCAUUGGUGUGUGCCACAGCCCCCCCCGCGGCGCUGCUCUUCUCCACGGGGGAUGGGAUCGCGCGGCUGCCGCUGCCGGGGGGGUCCCCCCAAAUCCUGCUGUCGCCCCUCAAACACGUGGGGGGACUCGACGCCGACAUCGCCCGCGGUGACGUCUUCUGGAGCGACGGCUCUCGGCACCGCAUCUACCGGUGGUCUCUGGCCAACGGCAGCGAGCCGGUGGCGGUGCUGGAGACGGGAUCGGCGCCGCCGGACGGUGUGGCGGUGGAUUGGAUCCACGGGAAUCUGUACUGGACGGAGUCGCGCGUGGGAGUCAUCGGCGUCGCCAACGCCGACGGCACGCGCCGGAAAACCCUCCUGCGGCAGCCGGGGGCCGUCCCCCACGGCAUCGCCCUCGACCCCCUCAGCGGUUACAUGUACUGGUCGGACUGGGGCGCCCGUCCCGGGAUCGCCAAGGGCGGCAUGGAUGGCUCCGACCCCUCCGCGCUGGUGACCGAAGGCGUCGAGUGGCCCAGUGGGAUCGCGCUCGACCUGGCGGCGCAGCGCCUGUAUUGGGCGGAUUCGCGGCUCCACGCGCUCUCGGCCGUGGACGUGGACGGACGCCGGCGCCGGACGCUGCUGGCGGACACCGCGCUGCUGCCGCAUCCCUUCGCCCUCACCGUCUUCCAGGAUGCGCUGUUCUGGACGGACGCGGUGUCGCGGUCGGUGCUCAGUGUUGGGGCGCGAACGGGCGCUGAACCCCACGUUGCGGCCGAGGGGCUGCGCGCGGCCCAGGGGGUGGUCCUCCUGCACCCCCUGCGGCAGCCGCACGCCCCCCGGCGCUGCCCCCCCCCCGGCGGUUGUCCGUUCCUCUGUCUGACGGCUCCCGGAUCCGUCGGAUUUUCCUGCGCCUGCGCUGACGGCCUCGUCCUGCGCCGCGACGGCUCCUGCGCCCACGCCCCAAAGGACACAGUCCCCACCGACACCACCAAUGCCACCACUGACAGCACCACCAGUGCCACCAGUAAUGACACCAGCGCCACCAGUGCCACCAGUGCCACCAGGGCCAGCAGGGCCAGCGCCGCGGGGAACGCCACUACAGGCCCCACGGACGCUGUGGGGCACCGGACGGGGCUGAGGGUUCUCGCGGUUGUCCUGGCGUUGGCGGUGCUGCUGCCGGGGGGCGCUCUGGCGGCCGCGGGGCUUUGGCGCAGUUGGCGGCGCCGCAGCACCAACAGCAUCAGCUUCGGGAACCCCAUGUACCAAAAGUGGGGAGAAGGGGGAGCCCUGGGCUGGGCCGGGGGGCUCGGCCGCCCCACGCACCAACCCGUCAGUCUGGAGGACGACGUGUCCUGAGAACGGGGAAAGCUCUGCCCCACACACGCGUCCCCGCGCCCACACGCGUGACGGGCCGUGAGCAGCCCGUGAUCCCAUGGGGUCAUACGUGGCCACACGUGACC